AUAGAGCCUCCAUUCCCUGCCCACCUCUCUCUCUUCCACUCUUUUUUUUCACUUUGUUUGUGGAUGAUGGGAUUUUAAUCAUGUGGAAGACAGCUGAGCGGCUCUUCUGGAUUUCGCUGACGCUGCGCCUGGUCCCGCCUGGCCUCCUCUGAGCAGGAUGGACACUCUGGAGUCAGAGCUGACUUGCCCAAUCUGCCUGGAGCUCUUUGAAGACCCGCUGCUGCUCCCCUGCGCUCACAGCCUGUGUUUCGGCUGCGCCCAUCGCAUCCUCAUCUCCCACUGUGCCACCAACGAAUCUGUUCAGAGCAUCGGCGCCUUCCAGUGCCCGACCUGUAGAUAUGUCAUUUCCCUGAGUCCGGAGCGUGGACUAGAAGGACUUAAGAGAAACGUGACCUUGCAGAACAUUAUUGAUAGAGUUCAGCGGGCCUCAUCUUCAGCUGGGGUCCCUCUUCCGCUGGCGUUGCCUGCUCCCCAUAGCGGGCCAAACUCUCCCUGCGAGGAAGGGAGCAACCGGCUGGCGCUUGUCCCAUUCUGCGCCGCCAUGUCCAGCCCAGUCAUGCCUCCUGAACCGGUCCAGUGCCAGUUCUGCGAGCAGGACCCGCCACAGGACGCCGUCAAAACGUGUGUGACGUGUGAGGUGUCGUACUGCGAGGAGUGCCUCAGGGCGACGCACCCGAACAAGAAGCCGUUCACCGGCCACCGGCUCAUCGAGCCCAUGCCGGACUCCCACCUCAGAGGGCUCCAGUGCCUGGAGCACGAGGAGGAGAAGGUGAACAUGUACUGUGUCACUGAUGAUCAGCUGAUCUGCUCGCUGUGCAAACUGGUGGGGAGGCACAGAGACCACCAGGUGGCAGCACUGAGCGACCGCUAUGAGAAACUCAAGCAAGCCCUGGACUCCAACCUGACCAAUCUGAUCAAGAGGAACAACGAGCUGGAGUCUCUUAUGGGGAAACUGAUCCAGACUUGUCAACAUGUAGAGGUGAACGCGUCCCGCCAAGAGGGCAAGCUCCUGGAGGAGUGCGAUCUCCUGAUUGACAUUAUUCAGCAGAGGAGGCAGAUCAUCGGCAGCAAGAUCAAGGAGGGGAAGGCACAAAGGAUUCGGAAGCUCGCCCAACAGAUCUCCAACUGCAAGCAGUGCAUCGAGAGGUCCUCCGCCCUCAUCACGCAGGCCGAUCAGACGCUUAAGGAAACCGACCACGCUCGCUUCCUGCAGACCGCCAAGAGCAUCAACGAGAGGGUUUCCAUGGCGACUGCAUCAACCCAAGUGCUGAUCCCUGAGAUACACCUAACGGACACCUUUGACACUGUUGCCCUGGACUUCACCAGAGAGAAGAAGCUGUUGGAGAAUCUGGAUUACCUGACAGCUCCGAGUGCUCCCUGCAUAAGGGAGGAGUUGUGCACGGCUUCGUACGACACCAUCUCUGUCCACUGGACGUCUGAUGACGAGUUCACAGUAGUGUCCUAUGAGCUCCAGUACGCCAUCUUCACUGGGCAGUCUAACAUUGCCAGUCUGUGUAACUCAUUGGAGAGUUGGAUGAUUGUUCCCAACAUCAAGCAGAACCACUACACGGUGCACGGUCUGCAGAGCGGCACCAAGUAUAUCUUUGUUGUCAAGGCCAUUAACCAAGCGGGAAGCAGGAGCAGUGAACCGGGGACUCUGAAGACCAACAGCCAGCCGUUCAAGCUGGACCCUAAAUCUGCCCACAAGAAGCUGAAGGUGUCCCACGACAAUCUGACGGUGGAGCGGGACGAAACCACGUCCAAGAAGGGCCACAGCCAGGAGCGCUUCACCAGCCAGAGCAGCUACGGCGUGGUGGGGAAUGUCUACAUCGACAGUGGCCGUCACUACUGGGAGGCUUUGAUUGGAGGGAGCACAUGGUACGCUGUGGGUAUAGCCUACAAAUCGGCCCCCAAGCACGAGUGGAUCGGCAAAAACUCGGCCUCCUGGGUGCUCUGCCGCUGCAACAACUCCUGGGUGGUUCGCCACAACAGCAAAGAGCUGGCCAUCGAGCCCUCGCCCCACCUGCGGCGCGUCGGGGUCCUGCUGGACUACGACGCCGGCUUCGUGACCUUCUACGACGCCGUGGGCUCCCAGCACCUGCACACAUUCCAAGUCUCCUUCGUCCAGCCCGUGUGUCCCGUGUUCAACGUGUGGAACAAGUGUCUGACGAUUCUGACCGGUCUGCCCAUCCCCGACCAUCUAGAGGUGCUGGAGCCCGACGACUGAAGACUACAGACAGACGGGAAUAAAUCAGCAUGAACUGUGUCUUAAUUAUCUUAAAGCUGCACUGGGCAAGGUUUGUGAAAGUGAUCAUCAUUUGAUAGAGAUAAAUAGAGUGCACCCCACUUAUUAAUUCAAACAAAUCUUUUGUUUUUACCUAAAUUAGAUUCUGGUCAUGUGCCCUUUGGCACUAAGAGUGAAAUAUGAACUGUCUCCUCCACAGCAGCUAGCAGCUCUCUCCGAAAAAAUCCUGAACUCCCACAUGUCUGAUAUUAAUACUCGCUACCAUUUGUGCAAAAUUACCUAGUGCAGCUUUUUUAUAUGCGAAAAAAGACGUCUGGUGUGUUUUCUCAUCGAGUGAUUUUGCGUUGUUUACUAUGAUUUUUAAAGCGGAUAUGGCGCUGGUUCAUAUCGUCUUUGACUCCUGGUCAAAACCUUUUUCGAAAUGGAUGACAGAAAGCUGGAGUCAAUCCAGAAGAAACCAGAACGAAUGGACAGAUCUGAGCUACAAAUUCAUACUCUAAGGCACUUUGGGCCACGACGGGUGCAUUUGUACCAUGGCAACUUGGAAACAAGCCACAAAUCAAUUUCUAAUUUUCUUUUCUCUUUUACACCACCCUUAUCAGAUAUAGCACUUUGAAAAUCCCUGAAAGUACACACAUACACGCACACACAGCACCCCCAACUUUAAUCAAUCACUGCUUCUGGAAGGAGCAGGAUUAUAGAUGUAUAUUUUGCAAAUUCAUCGCAUACCUCCCCUUAUCUUCCCCUCGUUCAUUGAAAUGGAACCAAAGUAGCAUUUGCUGUCUGUUCAGAUGUCUUUCCAUACAUUUUACAUAAGUUAAUAAAUGCUGAAUUAUUUUUAAAAAAAAGUGAUGAGAGGAUAUAUAAUUAUGCUAAUAUUAAAUGCAGGAUUCCCUUAAAUGUACACCUUGUUUUUGUACAUUGCUCAUACUUUAUUCAUGCUUUUGUAGCCUAAAAUGUAUUUGGUGCAAUUAACAUGCAUUGGUAUUGGGAAAGUGCUGUGUUCUGUUUGACUUGUUGUGUUAAAUUCACUUUUUUUGGCAGCCAUUAGGAGUUCAUGUGAUGCAUUAUAUGUGAGUUGCGUUACAGUUGUAGCCCCUGGUUAUUAUUGGAGCUAGGAGAUAAAAUGCACAUUAGAGUGUGAUUUUUUUCUCUCACUUUUCUAUACAACAAGCUAUCUAGUGGGACAUAUUUGUGCUGGUGUGCCAAUACUUAAUUAAAUUACUUUUAACAAAGAGUGUCUUCCCAUUUCCAAAAUAUUAAAUUUUACACGUCAUGUUUACACUGAGGGUCUUGUGAAAAUCAAAUCUACAUGCAGCAUCACUUUCUUGCAGACAUGUUGCACAUUGAUGAUGUCAGUAGGGCGCACAUCACUCUUCAAACAUUGGCUUGCUAUUUAAAAAAGGGACAAAACGGCUUAAAUGAGAUACAGCUAUUGAUACUCAAACGUCAAAACCUUUGCAACAAAACCUCCCAAAUGGAUAGCGUAAAUAUAUAUCCUUAUAAUUCAAUAUUGUUCUAUAUCUAAUAUUGUUUACCAGUGGCAAAAAGGCCCUCCUCAGUGUAAAUACAAAGAUUUGGUUGUAUAAUGUUGUUUUGUCUCAAUACCUGGUACACUUACAAAGUAUGAUGACAAAUCUAUUCUUUAAUUCUGUGUUUCCUUGACAAUUAAUUGAACUGUAUGUUUUCAUUGUAUCCGAUACAAAUAUGUAGUGCUUAAUUUAAUGUUUCCAUUCGAAUUUUAUGACCAUGGUGUUAUUUGUUCCGUCUCUGUGGACAUUUUUAUGGAAAACAGGAUAUGUGCGCUUGCAUCACUGUCGUCUGAGAAGUUUAUG